AUGUAAUCUAUAAUUCAAAAUAAUAAAAAUGAAAUAUAUACUAUCUUCGAAUAUUAAUCUAUAAUCGAUUCCUAAUAAGUUAAACGUUUAUACGUCAGAAUUUUUUAACUGUGGAACAAUUUCCUGUCAUAUUUGCGAUGACAUCGUAACGACAUUUUGAAAAGGGAUCCAGUAUGUUUUGUAAUAUUUGUCAAACGAAAUUUUCCUUUUUUACAAAAGAAGUUGCUUGUCCAGGUUGUGAUUUUUCGUGUUGCAGUAAGUGCCUCAAAUAUAAAUUUAAUAUUCCAGAUAAAGGAGUAAAAAAAAUCUGUGGUCGUUGUUUUAAUAAAAAGAAUUAUUCAAACAAAUCAAGUUGUUAUAAUAAUAUUAAAAUGUUGGAUGAGCAUGAAGAACUAAUGGUUCCAGUAGAUAUUACAAAAAAACUAGAUUCAUUAGAGAAUCCAGCAAAACCUCCCAUUGUAAUAUAUAAACAUACAAAUCAUUGGGACAAAUUUAAAAAUGGUUUAGAACCAGUGGAUCAAGAAAUAGUUGAAAGAUUACGAAAAUUAAAAGAAGAAGACAAAACUACAACUUUGAGUGUGGAUGAAAUAAGAAGAAGAUUAGCAUUAUUAAAAGAUGAAGAUGGAGAUAUUAAUCAGCAAAAAAUAAAUAUACAUCAAGUGGAUAUCAGAACAGAUCAACAGAAAACAGAUGAUUUAAUAGAAGAAUAUUUAAAACAAUUAGAAUUAUCAUCAAGCAGUGAUUCAGUUAGUGAAAUUCAAACAAGGUUAAGAUCAUUACAAGGCAUUAAUAAAGAGCAUUCAAUUAAUGAUAUUAAUGAUGAAAAUCAUGUAACAAACAAAUUAAUUGCAAAAGCUUUGGCAGAAGCAGAAUUGGAGAAAAAAUAUGAAGAAAAUAUGGAUAAAUUGGAAGAAAUGGAGAUUGAGGAAAUAAAGCAUAUCAAUGAUGAAGAUGAAAAACCUAGCUGCAUAAUGUGCGAUCAAACUGAAGAUUUAGAGCAAUGUUUAGGUUGUCACGGCGAUUUGUAUUGCGCCAUAUGCUUUGAAGAUAAUCAUGAUGAUUUUGAAAUGAAAAAGCACAAAAGAGAACCAGCAAAGAAGUUAAAUUAUUAUUAAAUAAAAUUAAAUAGAAAUUUUAGAGAAAUGCUUUGCAAUAAUUCAAAUGCAAUUUCAUUGUUGAUACUUGUCUAAUUUAUAAAAGAAUCUUAUGCUUAUAAUAUUGUCACUUGCAAUUUUUAAUGAAAAUAUUUCUUACAAAAUAUAUAAACAUGAAUAUAAAUAAUAUAUAAUUAUAAUAAAUGUUUUAGUUAUAAGUUUUAAAAAA